GUGCUCCAAGGAAAAACGUCAGAGCAUCACUGCGCCUUGGGAAUGUUUAACGCCAGUGAUGGAACCUCCCUGGUGAACGCGGCCAAAUCGGCUUCUACCGACUUCCCAGAAAUUACGAUGCUUAUCCUCAAGGUUCACACCGAGAAGGCAUCCGACAAAGACAAGCUGUAUACUAUGGCGCCUAACCCCGACAACGCAGCCGUCAGUCAGUACGGCAUGAUCACGCUGAACGACAUCAAAGGCCAUCUAAGCAGCCUGGCGGACAUUUCCGAACAAGGCCGCUAUGUGAUGCUUUCGGUGGGAAUGUUCGCACGCGCUUAUCGCAUCACCACUGGCCAGUUGGGUAUCGCCGAAAGCAGUGUCGUCUUCGACUACCCUUCGGCAUGCCAUUGCCCCCCUGGAAUUUGCGAACUGCGAACGGGGGACCCGUAUGACUCAAUGGACGUGACAGUGGAAGUUUGGGACCAAAAAAUGUUGGUCUUUUUUGACAGCGCUAAACAGAUGGUCACAAGGGCUAAGUCAAGACUCGACGCACUGCCCAAGAACUACAGCGGCAUUGCAGCGUACAACGUGGAGAUGGAUGACUUCGACGGCUCAUGCGACGGUGCAAAGAAGUUCGAAAGGCUAGGCGUUAUCAGAGAGCAAAUCGCGAAUGCCAAAGAGCCGUAGUGAAGCCAUUCUGGGGGCCAUUUACUAAAACUUUGUCCACGUGCCGCAGCUGAACUGCAAUGCAUGCGAGAAGCACGAGCAGAAAGUGUGUGUGGGUGAGGGGUUGCGGUUUAUGGGACUAAGCGGCAAGUCACAUAGCCUGGAAAAAAUAACUGUGGUGAACCAGGUCACCUCAAGAACGACUGCUUGUGCUGGGACCAAGAUCAAAAAGCACACACACUUGCGUGCUUCGUUUAGUUUUUUUUUGUUUUGCUCUCGGUGUCUCUCUGUUUGCAAUAAGAUGUGCUCUU